AUGGCAUAUCCUCAGGGCUACUUGUACCAGGCGUCCAAUACUCUGGCUCUGUACUCAUGUCCUUCAUUUGGCUCGGGUGCGUUAUCUGUUCCGCGCACUGAUGAGCUGGGCAGAGGAAACUCCGGCUCUGCUUUCGCUCCUUACGCAGGAUCUACAGCUUUCAGUAGCCAGACUGCAGCAUUCACCUCGCUCCAGUAUGGAUCUGAACCUGCGACAGCUCCCCAGUUCUCCUCAUUCGUGGGUUCUCCGUAUGAAGCGUCUGCAGGUCUGGCUGCAUCUCUGGGUUAUCCUCAUCCGUACGCCGCUCCGCUGCCAGGCUUCUCCCUCGGAGACCCAGCUUAUCGCAAAAACGCUACCCGGGAUGCCACUGCCACUCUCAAAGCUUGGCUGAGCGAACACAGAAAGAACCCGUACCCCACCAAGGGCGAGAAGAUCAUGCUGGCUAUCAUCACCAAAAUGACCCUCACCCAAGUGUCCACCUGGUUUGCCAACGCGCGCAGGAGGCUGAAAAAGGAGAACAAGAUGACCUGGACUCCGCGAAACAGAAGUGAGGAUGAAGACGAGGAAGAUAAUAUCGACCUAGAGAAAAAUGAUGAUGAAGAGAACCCGAUUAAAACAGCCGAGAUGGCAGAGUCAACCAAAGAAUUGGGCCUUCAGGUGAAUCCAGCACUUCUGCCUGCAGAGAAGCACACCGACGACGAAGCGGAUCGUAUAAUUAACACCUCCAGUCCGAGGAACCGAGACUCAUCAGCACCCACGACGUCAUCUCCUAAAGUCGUGUCGGACAGAGUGGGAUCAGAGACCCUCUCAGAUUUGGGAGAGCCACCGAGCAGACUGAAUGCACCGGGCGAGAGCGGCCACCCCAUAUCUGUCAUUCAUUCUACGAACCCGACCCCCAAACCUAAACUGUGGUCUCUGGCCGAGAUCGCUACAUCGGAUAAAACCGAGAGAGAUCGGACGCAGACUUGCGGAGGCGCUCAGAGUCCGCUCAUCAUCAGUAACAGUGCGUUCUCCCCCUCCCGAUCUCCCACACGAGGACCUCCUUUACUCCCCAGACAUCUUUACUACGCGUCCGCUUUUUAUCCCGCAUUCACGAACUACAGCGCCUUCAGCCCGGCGGCGGCUCGCACCUCCAACCCGCUCUGUGGGAACGGAUUAAUCGAGCCUGGUUUGCACAGAGCACUCAGAGCAAACAACCCUGCAGCUCAGAUCUGCAAAGAUAUCACACAUGAGGAGGAAGACUGCAAACGCUAA